AUGGCUCAUUCUCCAUGCAGUUCGGAUGCUUCAACAUUUAAGAUACUAAUUACAACAGAUAAUCAUAUCGGCUUCGCGGAGCGUGAUCCACGCCGGGGCGAUGACUCUUUCACGACCUUUGAGGAGGUCCUCCGCGCGGCGCGUGUGGAGCACGAGGUUGAUUUUGCCCUUCUCGGCGGCGACUUAUUUCACGAGAACAAACCCAGCCUCGGCUGCCUGGUGCGUACCUCUUCGUUGAUGCGAAAGUACGUCCUUGGUGAUAGGCCGGUUCGCUUUUCCUUUCUAAGCGAUCCGGCCAAAAACUUCCCAACGCAUGCGCUACCUCUUGCAAACUUUCAGGAUCCGAACCUCAACGUGGCGUUGCCGAUUUUUGCGAUCCACGGGAAUCAUGACGAUCCGGUUGGGGGCACCUCGGCGCUUGAUGUUCUCUCGACCGGCGGCUAUUUGAACUAUUUUGGCCACGUAAGCUCCCUGGAGUGCAUUGUGGUGGAGCCCAUCUUACUUCAGAAAGGGAGCACCUUUAUUGCCCUGUAUGGCCUGGGGAAUGUCCGAGAUGAGCGGCUGCACCGCUGCUUUCGGCAUAAAAAGGUCCAUUUUGUGCGCCCGAAGCCUCUUCCCGGGCGUACGUGGUUUAAUAUUUUAUUACUUCACCAGAAUCGUGGGGUACGGGGGGUUUUGAGCAAGAGUGGGAUUUUUGAGCACAUGCUGUCGGGGCUUGGCUUUGACUUGGUGAUCUGGGGGAACGAACAUGAGCAGAUGAUGGUGCCGCAGCCCUCCCAAGGCUUCGACAUUGUUCAGCCUGGGAGCACUAUUCUCACUUCACUUUCGGGGCAGGAGUGCAAUCCCAAGCAAUACGGCAUUCUUGAGGUUCGAAAUGCUUCCUAUCGCCUCACCCCAUUCCCGCUGCGGAGUAUGCGGCCAGUGGUGCGGCGUACGGUGGUGCUCGCCAAGGAUAAUCCACGGGGCCGCACCCUCGAUUCCGUCGAGGAGUUCCUGCGCAGCGUCGUGGAUGAGAUGCUCGGCGAGGCGGAGGACCAAAUCAGCCACAUCCCGGACGAUAUUCUGACCUUUCACCCGAAUAUCAAAUUUCCUUUAAUGCGACUUUUUGUGGAUUUCACGGAUGUCGAAUCGGCCCCGUUCCCGCAGCCCAAUCUCAACCGCUUUGGACAGCAGUACAUCGACGUCGUCGCCAACCCGGGCGAGCUGCUGCGGCCGAUUCGGAUCAAACCCCCGACUUCGGGCGUGGCGGGCAAACCUCGCGCGCGCGGGGCGGGGAACUCGGCCGGGGAUUUAGGGGAUUGGGUCGUCCCGGUGGCCCCACAAUUGGGGAUUUUGGACAUCCGCGCGAAGGUCGCGGAGGUGUUUAACCAGGGCGCCAAAGACGCGUGCUCGCUCCUCUCCGAGCCCGAGGUCUCGUCCGCGGUCUACGCCUUUGCGGAGAAAGGCGAGCGCGACGCGAUCGACGAGCGAAUCAUGGAGCUUUUGAAUACCUCGCAGAAGAUUGUCUGGCGGAAGCUCGGAAACGGCGAUUCGGAAGCGAUUUUAAAGCCGGACGUGAUCGCCGCCGAAGUUGAACUGUACAAGCGGGAGAUGAACCAACGCUACGCCCGAACCUUGCGAACGGAGGCGGAGGAAAAGGAGGAUGCCGCGGCACGUGAGGGGGGGGACACGGGGGAUUUACGGAAUUUCUCCAGGGAUCACCCAAAUGACGAGGGCCCGUCCGCGAUGGACGAGUAUCUCGAUGACGAGGACGCCGAGGAGCAGAGGCGGACUGAGCAGAGGUCCCGCUACGAAUUAUUCAACUCCGCGGCUCCCACCACAACGACGAUGGCGGCUUCCGCGUUUGACGGGAAUAUUGGUCAAGCGCUGGAUUUAGUGAUGCAGUCGAAGCAACGGAAAGUGAACGACGGGGAUGGCGAUUGGGGCGGCUUUGGCGUGGAUCGCGCCCGUCCGCCAGGGGGUUUGAUACCCCCUGGAAAGCAUGCGACCGAGGAGGCGGCGCUCGAGGACUUGGAGGAGCUGCCUUCCGAUGGCUUGGAUCGUGUCUUUCCUUAUUCGACGUCGGUGCACACUGCUAUGAAUGGCGAUUUAUCCGAUAAGCUUGGUGAAUCCAUUUUAUCUGUCUCUCAGGUGGGGGAUUUGCCCUAUUCGCCGGCCUCGACCAAACGGCCGCGGAAUGAACGAAAAGAGAGGGAGGGGGAGCCUGGAUACGGUGACGGCGCGGAUAACGUGGUGAGCCUGAGCGAUAACGAGGAUAACAUCAGUCAAAUGGACCUUGGCAUCCCCCCUGCCUACGCCGCUGGUAGAACAACGGAUCCAAAGGGUACCUUGCCUAAAAAAAUGAAUAAAAAGACAGCCCCUGGAUCAACCAAAACGAGCACAACACGGCGUAGAGGGGGGCGGCUUGGAGAGUCUUCUUCGGAUGCCGAACAGCAGUCUCAGCCACGGAGAAAAAGAAGCACCGCGGCCGCGGCCCCGGCUUUUGGAAUGCCCAUGCUCAACUUGGUUUAUCAUCAAGCACCAGCCAACGCCAAGGAUGAAAAGGGUGGGGGUGUUUCUCUGAAUACAAAGACGCCUUCCAACCCAGCCCCUGGCAUGCCUGCCGCACCCAAAUCUGCUGAACGGCCUAUGCUUAAUUUAUUAAGUAAAUGGAGUUCACAGUCAUAA